GAAUCAGUAAAGACUAAACACCCUCAGCUUCACUAUGAAUCCAAGUUGUACAUGCUUCUUCAAGGCGGAACUGGUAUUCCCCACCUAAAUGGUUUGGAGUUGAAGAUUAAUAGAGUUGAGUUUAUGCACUCAAGAGGUUUUCUUCAUCGUGAUAUCAAGCCUGAUAACUUUCUAAUGGGAUUAGGGCGUAAAGCAAACCAGGAAGGGCUUGAUGCUCAAGCCUCAACAAUGAUUAGGCAGAUGGUAACCAUGAAGGUCAUGAUCCCUUGA